AAUGCUAGCUGCCCAAUGGUAGCUGCCAUAAUUAAGUCACAGACUUAGGUAAUCAUCAAAGCUACAAUCGUCGUCCUAGGUUAAGCAUCACUCAAACCGACCAUCACGACGGCCAAUUCGUCCCGCAAACCACUCUAGCACGACACAAAUCACCGUCAAUCAAAAUGGCGCACCUCAACGUCAAGCCGGACCCGGCCUACCUCAAAUAUGCCGCUAUGAUGAAGACGCGCCAUCACUACUUCCGAUGGACGCCCCGAACUGCCAGGCUCACCUUCAUUUACGUUGCCGUAAUCCCCUCCAUUAUGGGCUACAUCGCCUACAAGACCGACGGACUCUGGGAUUUCCGAGCGAAGCGAAAGGGCGACCUCGUUUACGAGAAAUAAAUCGACCGGGCAUUGGAGAUUCAAGAUGUGUACAUAUGUAAAGCACCCUGAUUGGGAUAGAGCCCAUGGUAGGGAUUCAAUUGAACCGAGGUCAACGAUUAACGAAUGGCCGCUG